AUGGUGAAGUCGCAACGACACAAGAAGAUCGCAAGUAAGAAAGCGAACAAGACACAUCAACUGGUCAAGGCGCGAGAGGCCAACGCGCCGAAGCAAUGGACUCGAGACGCUUCGUGGCGACUUUCUAAAGAGCCGAAAGCCACCUUUCACCAGGUUAUCGAUACCUUUGAGCUACUCGAGAACGUACUCAGCCACCUGCCGCCUCAAGAUCUCCUGCAUGCUCAGGAGGUUUGCUUCAAGAUCAAGUCGACCGUCAAGCAGUCACUGAAGCUGCGCCAAAAGCUCUUCUUGGAGCCCGACUACUCGUACAAGUCAUUAUGGCAAGUCAACACCAAGAGACUCAAACGCUACAAUUCUCCAAUCGAGCACGUUGAACGAGAGUCGAAAGAUUUUGUCCCGCCAUACACAGGCCCCGAAACACUCUUCCUCCGCCCCACCCUUCCACUAGGCAAUAUACGCAACCCAAUGCUCAUCAACCCCUUCAUCUUCACUCUGCUCCCAGAGCUGGAUUACCCAGACUCCCUCGCCGAUCGCAUGCUAGCCAAGAGCCGCGUCAGACAAGACUUCCCCGAGAAAUUACACCUCCGCUUCGACACAGAACAGCUGCUCUUGCCAUGGUGCCGGAACCAAUGGUUCAUGAAAAUCGAGGAACCCACCGGCAUCACGAUCUCCGAUGUAGCGCAUGGCUGCAGGCGAUUCCCCGAUCUUCACGUCGAUGACACGAGAUGUCUCCGCGAAUAUGAUGCCGGCAAGGGAAAAGUCCCUGUCGAGAUUCAGGUCUUUGAUGGAUUUGCCGUCACACGGGCCGAGCGAGAUGUCGUCGAUCAGAAGGCUACCUCCAAGAUUCAUGCACGUCGCGGUGCCCAUCGUUGUGUGUACCCUUUUUGUUACGAUAGUCCGAGCGAUAAGGCUGUCCCGACUCCUUCUGACUCUCAGAGCGGGUUGAUUUAUCGGGCAUAG